CCUGAGCGAGGAUCGCAGUUCCCCAGCUACGUGACGCCGCUGAAUUUGGCGGCCCAGAAGAAUCAGUUUGUCAUUGUCCAACUUCUGCUACAGCGAGGGGAGACAAUCACGAAACCACACAAGUUCGAUUGUCUCUGUCAGGAAUGCAUUAAUAAAAACAAAUUCGACCAGCUGAGGUCUGCCAAAUGUCGACUGGACGCUUACAGGGGGCUG